CCCACAACGCUGCCGCAUCAUCAUGUCCGGAAGUGAGACAAUAUUGACAAUAUGGCCACUGGUCGCAGAAGGGGGAAGUUUUGGAUUUGACAGCCCAUUCUCCUCGGUCGCAAAUAAACCCAUUACCAUCGUCAAGAAUCGACGUAUAUGAAUGAAGGGACUCGGGAAUCCACGGGAUGUUGUCAUUGAGCUGAGGAUACAUUCACAGCGUGAAAAUCGUCAUGUCGUUUUUCAGAAGGAAAGCAAAAGGCAAGGAACCCGAGCAACCAGUUGAUGUAAAAGUCAAUAGAGCCCUGGUAGCCCCAGCAAGCCCCCACUCCCCCUCCCAUAGCCUCCGUAACCACCAUGCCAUCCUGGAGGUGGCGGGGCCCAGCCAUGUGGCCAUCAACGCCAUCUCUGCAAACAUGGACUCCUUUGCCCACGGACGCACGGCCAUCCUCAAGAAACAGCCCAGCCACAUGGAGGCUGCACACUUUGGGGAUCUGGGGCACUCUAGUGUGAACUACCUGGCCUCUGAGACGCGUUCACGCCUGUCUAAGACAGUGGACCAGAUCCUGCGGGACAAUGUGGCCAUGCCCUACUACAUCCAGUUCCAGGAGGCCCGUGGGUCCGACCACUUGGUCCGCUUUUGGCUGGAGGCAGAGAGCUUCCGCUCAACCAGCUGGUGCCGGGUCCGGGCCAACAGUCUCAACUCCAUCAAACACAGCUCCCUUGCCGAGCCUGCCUCCACCCCUGUCUCCCGAGCCCUCCUCCCCGCCAGACAUGGACCUACCCUCCGUCCCCAGGCCCCCUCAUCUCACCCCCUUACCCCCAGCCCCCAGGAGAUAAACAGUAACAGUAGUGAAGGCCCCACUGCGCAGCUCGUCCACAGGGACUCCUUUAGCUCCUUAGUGGACCAGAGGCCAGGCACCCCCAGCAGGGAAGAUACCCCCCCCAGGCAGAAUUCCAGGACAGGGACCCCCUUCAAGCUGCAGUCCACCCACGCCCUCAAGGAGCUCUCAGACAAGCUCAUGAAGAGUAUAGAGAGAGAUGCAGUGAACAUCUUCACCAAGUACAUCUCUCCAGACGCUGCUAGGCCCAUCCCCAUCACAGAACAGAUUAGAAACGACAUAGUCGCUAAAAUCUGUGGCGAGGAUGGAAUGGUGGACCCAAACUGCUUUGUCAUUGCACAGUCAGUCGUCUUCUCCAUCAUGGAGGAACAGCACUUUAGUGAAUUCUUGCGCAGCCAUCAUUUCUGUAAGUACCAGAUGGAAGUGUUGACCAGUGGCUCAGUGUUUCUGGCAGACAUCUUGUUCUGUGAGUCGGCCCUAUUCUACUUCUCUGAGUACAUGGAGAAGGAGGACGCUGUGAAUAUCCUGCAGUUCUGGCUAGCAGCAGAUAACUUCCAGGACCAGCUGGCUGCAAUGGCGGGACAAUACGACGGCCAGGAGGCCCAGAAUGACGCCAUGAUCCUCUAUGACAAGUAUUUCUCACUCCAAGCCACCAAACCGCUGGGUUUCGAUGACUCUGUGCGGAUGGAGAUAGAGUCUAAUAUAUGCCGGGAAGGAGGGCCUCUACCAGACUGCUUCACCACUCCUCUCAGACAGGCCUGGACCACAAUGGAAAAGGUCUACAUGCCAGGCUUCCUGUCGAGUAACCUUUACUACAAGUAUCUGAGUGACCUUAUCAACUCUGUCCGAGCGGAUGAGUUUGUCCUGGCCAGCGCUCCCGGUCAAGGCGUGGCCCCAGAUGGUGACCCCAGCACCAAUGCUACCGAGGGUUCUCAAACCCAGCAAGGUACCAAAAAGGUGGCAGCAGUGAAAAUCCUGAAAAAUUUUGACGAGGCGAUAACGGUGGACAUAGCCAGUUUGGAUCCAGAGUCCCUGUACCAGCGCCCCUACGCUGGAAGAAUGACGUUUGGGAAAGUGAACGAGCUGGGCCAGUUCAUCAGGGAGGCCGAACCAGAGCCGGAUGUGAAGAAAUCCAAAGGUUCCAUGCUUUCUCUAGCCAUGAAGAAACUUGUUCAAGGCAACUCAGAUGAGGCCCAGGAGGAAAUGGCCUGGAAGAUCGCUAAGAUGAUCGUCAAUGACGUAGUACACCAGGCGCACCACAACAGUCCUGACAAAUCCACCAAGUUAUGACCCUCCAAUGGAGAACCAAAAGAUUGUCACUCCCUUCAUCCUAUAGAGACAGACCGUGACAGACAGAUGUCACCUGGUCCAGUGAUGAACUGCACACUGGAUUCACCUUAUGGUGAAACACAUCAAUGAAGGUAGAAGAACAAAAGCAUUCCAUCAUCUCCUGCAUCAACUUGUACUGGUUUGUGUGUGAAUAUAUGUGCGUGAGCGAAAGACUUGAAGUAUAUCGUCGUAACACUAUGAAGGUAUCUCUGAACAAAUGAAGUGGAAAAAGCAAAGAAAAGCCAACAAGGCGGUUGCACAAAGAGCACCCGACUUCCUUCCUUCCAGAACAAAAAGGAGGGAUGACAAACAAAGACGCAAAAUGGUGCUGAACGGGAGCUGUCAGAAAGAGCAGCACUUCAGAAAGCAAUGGUGCUGCCGUGGUUACUUCUGUUACCAUGCCAUCUAAGAGGGAGCCUGCAGGGGCCUGAAGCAUCCUUCACUAAGCAAUCGCUAAGAAGACUAGGUUGUCCUCGCCAUCUUCUCUCCGUAACCCAACCACUACUACCACCUUUGCCCAUUCCUCAUUCUUUGUUUUUAUAUUAAAUCAAUUUGAAAGUGGUCAGACUAAUGCCCCCCACAAAUUCCAGCUGGAAGUAGGGGCUUUGUGCAUUUUUAUUUUGCGGCAGAUGCGUAUCCUGCUCAUAUUCCUUGGCAGUCCUGGUGUAUUUUGUCAGUGGGGUGGGUUACUAUGAUGAGAUGGUGAGUCAGAGUUUUCCUUUCCUACCCUCCCGGCUGUGCCCAAAUGUACUUUCUAGAGCAGGUCAGACAUGUUACAGUCAAACUGGAAUGGACCUUCUUGAUUUCCUGGUCUUGCCAUCUACCUGUAGCUCUGGCGACCCCUGGCACCUUGUCCAUAUCAUUACAGAACAUAGGCUAAUGAAUAGAUACGUGGUAUUAUGGCCUGAAGAAGACGUGCUACAGUUGCAAUGAAAGAAGAACUCCAGGCUACUCCAUCUAUUGUUAUAAAUAUGUACAUUUCUGGUUUACCUCCAUAUAUUAAUGUUAGUUAUUUUUUAUGGUGAUUGUUGCAGUUUUCUUUUUUGUAUGUACUGUCGAAAGCAAUGUUUAAGCAAAUCUCAUUGAAGUGUACUCAGUGAAUGUAAUGUUAAGAUUAUUAUGACUUUGCUUGUACCUCAUUGAGAUGUGUGGAAAAGAACCAGAAAAUACUAUUUUGGUACUAUGUACCGCUAAUAUUGUUUCUCUGACCUAUGUGUUCUUAAUCUAUAAUAUAUUUAAAUUGUGUUUGAUUUAAAUAUAUAUAUAUAUAUUAUUGAAAUAUUUGCCUUGUGUUUGUCUAUUUUGUUUUUUAUACAGAAGGGACAGAAAUGCUACCAAUGAUGAAAAAUUAGACUUCUUUCUCUUUGCACUGAUUAUGUAUGAAAUCUUGUCUGCUGCCAAACAGGGAUGGAUUUGGCUCUAUUUCAGUCGUCAUUAGCUUGUUGGCUGGUCAUAGUUUGUGGCCAUCACGUUGUUAAUUGCACUUGGGUAUUUAACCUCUAGUAUUGCCAGAUGGUAAUGCAACCUGUAAUUCAGCAAAUGAAUGCUCAUCCCAGUGCAGUUUCAAGUGUGUGGUUAGCUUUUGCAUAAGCUCUAUUGGUGUUGUUGCUGCAGUUUUGCUCAUCCAAAUAGUUUUAUCCUCAUUUUAUGUUGUACAGUAUGAUAUACUUUAUUGUAAGUAUUUUAUGGCAUUCAUGUAAUAAAACCUUUCUGCCUAUAUUGUAGCUAAAGUAGGCAACGUUAUCAAA